AACAAAAGAAUAUGCCACGCUUUCACACGUGUCUCAACAACGUCCUCCACCUGUCCCUUCUCCCCUCUCGCCACGUGUCCCACCGGUUCUCUUCUCAUGAGUGAUGAGUGACGAACACACACAAACAAAACUUCCUCUCUUCUUCUCCGUCUUCUUCCUCCUCCUCUUCCUCCUUCUUCUUCAUCGCUUUCCUUCUGCAUUUGCAGCUCCACGUCAAUGGCGUCUUCACUGAGGACAAAGAGUUUUGUGUUCGGAGAAGGAGGACCUCAGAUUGAUGCUGUAUCUCACUGGUGGAACGACGUUGAUGAAUCGGAUGAAUGGCAAAGAGGCAUUUACUAUGCUCUUUGUGCCACUUACGCCACCGUUUCCAUUGUUGCCAUCGUGCAACUGGUGCGCAUUCAAAUGAGAGUACCUGAAUAUGGAUGGACAACACAGAAGGUUUUCCACUUAAUGAAUUUUAUUGUCAAUGGAUUGAGGGCUGUUAUAUUUGGUUCAUACGAAACUAUUUUUGCAAUUAAACCCAAGUCACUGGAGAGGGUGCUAAUGGAGAUUCCUAGUCUUCUGUUUUUCUCUACUUAUACGUUGCUUGUCCUGUUCUGGGCUGAGAUAUACCACCAGGCAAGAAGUGAACCAGCGCAAAAACUUAGGCCUGCUUAUUUUGUUAUCAAUGGGUUUAUUUACUUCAUACAGAUCUGCUUUUGGAUUUUCAUGAGCGUAAGCAGCGCUGACACUGGCGCAGAGAUUGCUAAACUCUUCCUUGCAGUUGUUUCAUUUUGCGCUGCUCUUGGAUUCUUGUUGUAUGGUGGAAGGCUGUUUUUCCUGCUGAGGCGCUUCCCAAUUGAAUCCAGAGGUCGUCAAAAGAAGCUUUACGAGGUUGGCUCAGUGACAACUAUUUGCUGUACAUGUUUCUUGAUAAGAUGUACUAUGCUUGCAGUAUCUGCAUUUGACGAGGAAGCAGAUCUGGAUGUGUUGGAUCAUCCCAUUCUUAACCUCAUCUAUUAUUUGUUGGUGGAGAUUGUUCCAUCAGGGUUGGUGCUUUUCAUACUGCGGAAGCUGCCACCAAGAAGAGUUUCUGAUCAGUAUCAUCCAAUCAGAUGAGACUUUAAGCACCAAUCGGUCUCUUUCCCUUUUCUCACAAGUAGAUCUUUUCUCUUAUGUCUCAGAUCGUCCAUAAAAGUAAUAGAACUGUUAUGUAUAUUCGUAAUUUGAUUUUAUUGAAUUAACACCAAUUAUUCUCUAAUCUGUUUCAGUUCAGACCAUUUUUUCUAAAAGAAAAAUAUAUACAUAAAAUUGGAACUUUUUCCAUGAAAAAUUUCACCUAUGUUUACCCUAAACAAACACAAUUUGGAAGGAGAAAUAUAGCAAGAAGAGAGGAAAAGCAAAAUUUGACCGAGACGUCUGCUAACAAUUGUUUUCUGUUUAUAGAUUCAUAAACCAAACAAAUAAGCUUCGAACAGAGAAAAGGUCUUGACUAAAAUUUGGAUUCCAGCAUUUAUAGCAUAGCGCCUGACGGAUACAAAUAGCCCCUAUUGACUAUUAGAUUAUGGCCAAUUUUGAUAAAAGAAAAGAAAAUAAUAUCUGAAAAAUUAUAGUGAAAAAC